UUUGCAGCAGUCCGGCCUCGGGAAGCCAAGGGACAAAGCGCGGGGUUUCGCAACAGCCUGGACGACUUCGCUUGACACGCGGGAGACGAGCGCCCGAGGGUUUCGGGCGACUGGCGGCGGCCCGGAUUGACAUCACGUUGGGUUUGGGUUUUGCCCCGCCCCUCUCGGGCGGACCUUAGCUGCGGGCUGACUGUGGUAGACCCUUGGCGCACUCGUGCUUCACAUCGAAGGCACAGGAUUUAGGCGAACACAGUGGGCCUAAUUACUCCCGCACGUUGUGCCCCUUCCCUUGCCCUGCUCCAGCCACACCAUGUCUACACGCCCAGUCCGGAGCUGGAGCGAAUGUUUUUGCUGGCAGUGCCGCGAACCCAUUCAGACACCAUGGACAGAGGCACCAACCGGAGGGGUUCUGGGUUUGGCACAGCUGGCGCCAGGCCGCCCUCCACGCGCAGCGACGCUCUGCCUCCCGCCUCCUCCAACGCGCUGUCUUCGCCAACCCCUGCAGCCUGCAUUCCACCUCCACGCAUGCUGCGGAUGCACGCGGGACACGCGUCAGGGCUGGGGGUGCGAGGUGGCGCGAGUGCCCACCGCUGCAGACCCACGGGGCAAGGAGCUGGCUUGGUCACCGCGCAGUAUCUGCGGCGAUAAUUGUCGCCGUAGACUGCCGUAGGACGCCUUCCCCCGCAGACUGGUUUUCGCUUUGUAGACAACGCAGUCAACGAACGCGAAACCAAGCAACCCCGAAGGAAGAGCCUCGCGCUCAGACAAGUUGUUUGCGCUCAUGUCCGGCCGGCCGCCUCCGCACGGCUGGCACCCGCCGCGCAGCCACCACCAGCAACAGCAGCAACAGCAGCAACAGCAGCAACAGCAGCAGCAACCGCAGCAACAGCACUCACAUCGGCACCGCGGGGGAGCUGCGGCGGGCGGCCCAGGCGGCCCUGGCGUGGGGUCGGCGGCCGCGCCGGGGGCGGCAGCUGCAGCGGCUGCCGACCAUUACGAAGUGCUCGGCGUGUCCAGCGGUGCCAGCGAGGAGGAGCUGCGGAAGGCCUACCGCAGGUGCGCGCGCCUGCAUCAUCCGGACAAGAACCCGGGGCCGGAGCAGGCGGUGGCAGUGGAGCGGUUCAGGAGGGUGACGGAGGCGUUUGAGGUGCUGUCGGAUCCGGCACGGCGGGCCGAGUACGACAGCCGCGGCCGCCGCCGGUCCGGCGCAGCAGUAAAUGGUGCUGGUGGCGACGGUUAUGAUUUCGGAGGCGGCGGCCUCGGUGACGGCGGCUUCUUCUUCGGCGCCGCCCCGCCGCCCUUUGGGGCCGCUGGCCCUUUCGGCAGCGGCGAUGCUGCCGGCGGGCCCUUCGGAGCCGGUGGCGGUGGGCCCUUCGGAGUUGGCGGCGGCGGGCCCUUCGGAGUUGGCGGCGGCGGGCCCUUCGGCGACCUGUUUGGCGCCGCCAGUCCCUUCGGCUCCCUGUUUAGCAGCUUUGGCAUGUUUGGCGGCGGCGGCGGCGGCGGGGUGUUCACGGGCAACCCCCUGGCUGACCAGGUCUUCAACCAGGUGUUCGGAUCUGGGCUAGGUGCCGGCUUUGGCAGCGCGAGCUUCGGCGGCGCCGGCUUCGGUGGCGCCGGCUACGGCCCCACAACAAGGCCGGGGCCAGCAACCACAGCCUUCGGUGCCGCAGGUGUCGGGCCUGGGCUUCGGCCCGCCAGCUUCAGCCCUAUGGCUGCAGGCGCUGGCGCGGCCGGCCGGGCGCCUCCAGGCAGCGGCGGCGGCAGUGGCGGCGGCGGCGGCGGCACUGGGGGCGGCAGUGGCGCCAACGCGGGCGCUCGGAGGUCCGGCGCGGCUGCUGCCGCAGGCGGUGGUGGUACUGCGAAUCACGGGCAGGGGCACGGCAUGGGGGCACCAGCGCCGGCGGCGGCAGGUCCCAUGGGCAUGGGCGCUGCGGGGGUGCCGAACAGAGGCCCGGCUGCCCCACCGCAUGCCCCGCACCCACAACCGCACCAGCAGUGGCAGCCGCCGCCCAUCCCGCGGCACCGGCGCCCACCGCCGGCACCGCCACAGCCGCCGGCAUCACAGCCGAAUCCGCAGCAGGCGGGUCCUCGUAUAAUCCCCAUCCGCACUUCCAGCGGCGCCGCCAGGCAAGCGGGAGUGGCCGCGGCCGCGGCGCCGCCACCGGCCGGCUGGGUGCCGCCGCCUGUCCAACGCCCAGCUGCCCCACAACCAGCGGCAGUAGCGCCGCCGGCCGCCCCUGCUCCUGGCGCCGCCGUUACCACUCCAUAUACUGCUGCUGCUACUUCCAUGGGCUCAGGUACUGCUACUGCCGCGCCGGCCGCAGCCGCGGCGGCGGUGCCGCCGCCGGCCCCUGCCGCCAGGGCUGGCAGCUACGAGCCAAUGGACAUUGACUCUGGCACCGGAUCCACAUCGCUGAAGUGCACGCCCGGAUCCAGGCACGGAUCCGGUGGAUCUAGAUCCGGGGUCAUCAGUGGAUUCGAGCUGGAUCCCGGCCCUGGGCCAGAGGCCGCGCCGCAGGAGGCCGGCAUGUCGGAUGCCGUGGCGGCGGCGGCGCCCGCAGGCCCUGAGGACGCCGAGGCUGCAGCACCGCAGCCGCCGCCGGCUGUAGCAGCCAGAGCAGCGCCGCCGCCGCCGCCGCCACCGCCGCCGCUACAGCCAAGGGAUGGAUUCGCCGCCAACUAUGUCGACCUAACACAGGAUGACUCAGACAUGGACGAGGCGGGCACUCCGGAGCUGGAUGCAAGAGGCAGCGGCGGCGGUGGCGGCGACAACGACGGCGGCGGCGGCGGCGGUAGGCCGACAGUCGCAGUAUCAGGAGCAGGAACAGCAGGUGUAUGGUAUCGCGGUGACGGCGGUGCGGCUGAGGUGGAGCUUGAAGUGACGUUGGAAGAAGUGUUCACAGGUGCCACGAAGCGCCUGCGCCUGCAGCGGGGCUCAAACGGCGCAGUGCGCGCCGCCGGCGCUUGGCUCGGUGACGGUGAGACGGUGGAAGUGGAGGAGCUGGAGGUGGUGGUGCCGCGGGGCGCGCGGCCGGGCACACGACUUGCUUUCCCGGGCUUAGGCGCCGAGCUGGGAGCAGCCGCCGCCGCCGCCGCCGCCGCCGCCGCCCCAAGCGGCGCGGCCGAGGCGGGCGGCAAGGGCGGGCCGGACGGCGGGCGGCUGCUGCGGUCGCGGCCGCGCGGUCCGUUGGUGGUGGUGCUGGCGGAGGCGCCCAACCCGAGGUACGCCCGCCGCGGCGACGACCUGGUCACUAAGGCCAUCAUCCCGCUGGCCACAGCUCUGGGCGGCGGCACGGUACACCUGCGGCGCCUGGACGGGAGCAAGGUGCCGCUGCUGCUGGGCGCGCGGGUGGUUGCCCCGGACAGUGAGGUGGUGCUGGCGGGGGAGGGCAUGCCGCGGCCGGGGCAGCCGGACAGCCGCGGAGACAUGGUGGUUCAGUUCAAGGUGGAGUUCCCGGACGCGCUGUCUCCGGAGCAGCGGACCGCCGUCAAGGCCGUGCUGCGCUCGCCGCCUGGCACGCCCGUUCGCGGCCGCAACGGCGGAGGCGGAGGCGGAGGCGGAGGCGGCAGUGGGACCGGUAGCGGCGCCGGCUCGCGUAGUAGCAGCGGCGGCCGUGUCGCGGGCCCGUCUUGAUUCACCAGCCGGGGGACCUGUGUGUACAUGUGUGUGUGUGCGUGGCUUCCUGUGUGAGGCGUUCCUUGUGAUGCGGCGGUGGGGUUAUGGUCGUGGGUUAUGGUGUGGCUGGGUGUCGUUCACCCAACAUGACUUUCAACCGAGCUGUUAUCCAGAUUGUUUAACGGAUAUGCAUGCCAUACAAAAGUACAAAAUCGUUGGUGAAUGCAGAGGGCCAGUGCCUGCAUCGCAUAUUAUACCAACAUUGAUGAGGUCCUCCACGAGAGAGACUGAUGUGUUGGGCAUGUUGCCUGCUACGUUGCAAUUCUGGCUGGCGCACGAAACCAUGAGGUAGUGACAUUCUUUUGAGGUGACGGGAUCAUUCAUUCUCCGCCGACCCGCGUUGGGCUGGUGCUAAUGUGCACAAGCUGACAGUAGAUGGAGUGUGCGAUGGGACAGGACUCACGCAUCCUCGUUGGUUCACACUCAAAGACAUGUUGGCUUGACGUUGGGGUGCGGUGCUAUGCACUUCGGCGAGCGAAAGCCGCGGAUGCGAGGGAGGGCAUUAGCGAGGAGGGCUUGGCAGGGAGCCGGCGGGAGGAUACCCGCGCGUGACGGCGGCGUGCCAGCUGGGGGACGCCCAAGGGGCACAGACGCACAAUGGCAGGCACUGGGCCCUUGGCAUUCGACACGUGCCAAUGUGUAGGUCAGCGCAAUGAAUGGUUGUUGGAUCGGCGAAACUAGUCGGUGACGGCAUUGCUGGACGGUGGCGUGGCGCGCGAGGGGCGGAAAGUGUUGCUGAUGUGUGGACGCCACCCGGAUGGAAUUGAGUGAUUUUGCGGUCCUGGUAUAGGUAGAGCAAAGGGAAGAGCAAAGGGAAGGACGAGAUGGGAGAGAUAGAGAGAGAACGAGCAAAGGUUGCUGCUGGGCGGCGGGCGGCCGGCCGGUCACGCCAAACACGAUUGGGCAAGGUGACGGAGCUGGCGGUGGUGGCGCGCAAGGUGAUUGAGAAGGCGGCGGCGAAGGAGAAGGCGAAGCAGCAGCUGGCGGAGGAGGAGAAGGCGAAGCAGGCUAAGGAGGUGCUGAUCAUUAGCGACAGUGACUGAGGCGUCAUAGUAGCAGAUGCAGAAAGCCAAUUUACGAGAUGCGACGUGCGGAGUGGGCGAGCGCGGCCAGAGAGGCCCUUGGGUCGAGGCAGCUUGAGGAUAUUUCACGAGCGCCCGGUAUGGCGCUGCCUAUGGCCGUUACAAGUUUAUUUCGAGUCC